AUGGCACUAGGCUUGGCACAAGCAAAUGGGCAGUACUACGCCUCGCCGUACCCUGCGCCACCAGCUUCGUACUGCGGAUGCUGUUCACCACCAAUCCCGCUGCAGGCGCCUGCACCAGCUCCCAUCUACGUCACCCUCCCCGCGCCCCCGCCUUUAACCGUCACCCCCCCGCCCUUACCACCUAUGAUCAUCGAGUUACCCCUCCCUCCACCACUAACUGUGACCCCUCCAGCGUCUCCGCCCAUGUGUAUAACGCCACCAGCUCCUCCACCGAUCACGAUCACGCCGCCCGCGUCCCCGCCAAUCACGGUCAACCCGCCCCCGCUUCCUCCCAUGUGUGUCACACCCCCGCAGCAACCACCUAUGUUCGUUAGCCCGCCAAUCCCGCCACCGAUCUUUCUAGAACUUCCUUUGCCGCCACCGAUUGUGAUAGAGCUGCCAGCGCCGCCUCCGAUCGUUGUGCAACCUCCGCCUCUGCCGCCUGUGAUGGUACAGCCGCCGCCGCUGCCGCCGAUGCCCGUGCAGCCGCCGCCUCCGCCUCCUAUGAUGAUCAAUCCUCCUCUACCACCACCGCUGUGCAUUCAGCCGCCUCCACCAAGUCCGAUCACAGUGCAGCCGCCGUGUCCGGAGCCAAUGUACGUGCAGCCGCCGCCACCGUGUCCGAUUAACGUGCAGCCGCCAGCAUUGCCGCCGAUCCGCGUGCAGCCCCCGCAGCCACCCCCAAUGUGCAUCCAACCACCACCUCUCGAACCCUUCUGCCUGCAGCCUCCUCCCCCGGCGCCUAUCUGCUUCCAAUCCUCAUGCCCUUGUGGGAUGCCGUCGUCGGCGCAACCAACGCCGAUCUAUCUAUGA